UCCAAAAGUUAUUCCAUAAGUAUAUAUACAAUUAGCGCAUCACUGUAAUGGCUUUUCCUUCUGCAAGUGUUUCAUCACCCUGUCUUUAUCGCCACCCCCCACGAUGCAGACUAAAAACCUUCACUUGCUGGCCCUCAGCACGCUUGCUGUCGCCUGCGCAGCACAUCCGACGGAGGAAUAUAUCAGGUACUCAACGGUCACUGGGGUUUUCUUGCAAGAUGAGAACUCCACCGUUCCGGCGACUUUUGAUUAUGUGUGUGGAAUUAUUCCAUCGGUUCUUAGGGUGUCAAACUAAUGAUCUGAUAGACCGCUACCAAUUUCGGAUUGAUCAACCGGACUUAUCCCACAGAUAGAUAUGAGAGAAAACCUUUUACUCAAUGGCAGAGAUUCGAGAAAUAUGUUGAUCAUUUGAAUGAUGAAUGCGAUGAUGAUGUCGAGUAUAAAGUCUUGUUCAUGGGUCGUCACGGGGAAGGAUAUCACAAUGUUGCUGAAACCUAUUAUGGCACUCCAGCUUGGAACGUAAGUCAAAAAUCACCAUUUUGAUACCCCAUUCUGACAAAAUCCAGUGUUACUGGUCAUUAUUGGACGGAAAUGGAACUUCCGUCUGGGCGGACGCCGAAAUCACACCCAAUGGUGUAGCCCAAGCUCAGGUCGCAGCCGAUUACUGGGCCACCCAAAUUGCGCUUCAAAAGAUCCCUAUUCCGCAAUCUUUUUACACAUCGCCUCUAACUCGUUGUUUACAAACUGCCAAUAUCACGUUUUCUCAGCUUCGUCUUCGUCAUGGGGCUCAUUUCAGGCCAACUGUAAAGGAAUACUUCCGAGAGGGUAUCAGUGGUCACACUUGCGACAGACGUUCAACCAAGUCAUAUAUCCACGACUUGUUCCCACGAUAUAAAAUCGAGGAGGGCUUCACCGAAUGUGACGAACUUUGGAAGCCAUUGUUGGCUGAACAACCUGUUAAUCAAGAUAUCAGGACCAAGAUGGUGUUGGAUGAUGUAUUUGGUAAUGAUAAGCAUACUUGGGUCUCAAUCACCAGUCACUCGGGAGAAAUUUCUAGUAUCCUCAGAGGUAAAUAUACCUUCUUUCCCUUGUUUUCAAUGGUACUAACUCAUCAUAGUCCUCGGCCAUCAACCCUUCAGACUCGAAACAGGAGUAGUCAUCCCCGUCCUCGUCAAAGCCGAAACGAUCAAGGGGCACGCACCAGUCACAACACCAGUAGACUGGCCAGACUGGGAGGACUGGCUACCAAUCUCAACAUGCAGCGAACCGCCACCACUUGUAACCUCAAUCUCACAAAAAUGAAAAUAACCAUGAUAGUUUAGCAAUUAAAGCAAUUCAUAAUACACAAUUCCAUCUUACA